AUUUGAAAUUUGGCAAGAUGGCGGAUGGCAUGGAAGACCUGGCCUGGAAAACAGAUUUAACACUCUGCUUGUCAAAGCAACCAGACUUGGUACGACUAAGAGAGUUAUGUAGAGGAAAAAAAAUACCAAGUGAUUGUAGGCCAGAGCUUUGGAAGAUCACCCUGAAUGUUGUUGGAAAGCCAGAUGCUUUAGCUAUAUGGGAUGGAUUAUUAGACAUGAACGAACAGGAGGUAUUAAAAGAAGAUUGUACGCUUCAAUCAGCCAAACUGAGGUUAACGGAAGAUGAUGAAGAAGAGGUAGCACGCGACAUGGAAGGGCUGAUAACUUUUUAUUGUAAAUCACGCAGUGAGAAGUAUAGAUCAACAAGUGGAUUGGUCGAACUUCUCUCGCCAUUCAUCACAUUGAAUCUUCCAUUAAGUGAGGUGUAUAACUGCUUUUAUGCAAUGCAGUCAAGAUUUAUUCCAAGAGAGUGUUACAGAGAUGGAAAACCGUUUCAUCUAUUUCGACAACUGCUUCAAUAUCAUGAUCCUCAGUUGUGUUCGUUUUUGGACUCCCGGAAAAUCCCUCCAGAUUUAUAUGCUCAACGAUGGCUUCGGAGUUUAUUUGUGUCUGUGUGUGAUUCAGAUGUCACUCAUGCCAUGUGGGAUAUCUACUUCCUGGAAUCUGAUCCCUACUUUGCCUUCUUUCUUAUGCUGGUUAUGGUUUUAAAUGCGAAAGAUCAAAUACUGGAAAUGGCUACAAGAAACAAAUCAGCCAUAAUUGAAAUGAUUACAAACUUUCCUUCUCAACUUGGUGUUGAUGACAUUGAAGAUUUCUGCACAUUGGCACAGUACUAUGCAACACGAACUCCACAGUCAUAUAGAAAGGAAUUCCAACCGUUUUUGUUUGGUUCAAAGAUAACUACCAGCGAUUUUAUAUCAAACUCACUUUGUUUACAAGUAUCAAUACCUGAGCUUCUGGAAUCGGUUGAUGUCAGAUGUAAAGAAGAUGUCCGAUUCUUCUUGGUUGAUUGUCGACCUGCGGGUCAAUACAAUAAUGGACAUCUACCUACAGCAUUUCACUUAGAUGCUAAUUUGAUGCUGCAGGCGCCUUCAGAAUUUCAAACUGCUGUAUCAGCCCUUUUUGCAACGCAACAACAAGCAAUAGAGGCUGGUUCAAAUGCUGGUGGAGAACACUUGUGUUUUAUGGGGUCUGGUAGAGAAUCUGAGGAUCAAUACGUAAACAUGGUGGUGGCAAACUUUCUUCAGCGAGGGACGCAUUUUGUAAGUGUUGCUAAAGGUGGAUAUACUGCUGUGCAUGAAUUACUUGUUGCCGAUUUGGCGGGAAAUCUUGUCGAUCAUUCUGUUAAGUUGUGCAUUGUGUGCUCGCCAGAAGCAUCCAUGAGUUCGGAGGAUGAGAGUCACGAACUUUCGAAGGGUGAUUUGUCGCCAACACCUGCUUCACCUAAGGCUGGUAUAGUAGACAAGUUAUCAUCUAGCAUACGAAAUCGAGGGGCUGACGUGAAAGAGAGGUUAGGAAGGUUGAUCACAGACUCGAAGCAACCUCAGGAAAGACAUGUGAGUGAAAAAGACAAGACAGGAAAACGUUACCGCGGAGUGAAUUUAGAUAUAUUUAGCAUAGAAGAUCCAGAUGACACUGUAUCAUCUAGUGGUGAUGAGCACGAAACAGUGAAUAUCGACACGUGGAUAAAACGCUCCGAUGUCGUACGUCAUUUUCCAUGUAGUGAAAUUACAUCAUCUGGUCAAAUGUUCUCGAGCUACAUCUUACUGACAUCGUCACAUUUGUUUAUUUUGCGCGAAAUUGUCGACAAAGAUCGCCCUGGGUGGGCGCAUAUUCAAUCUCGACCCCAUUUGUCAUCUAUCGUCAAAAUCACGUCCAAACGCAAGCACCCUGAUUUAAUAACGUUUAAGUACGGCACAAGUGAUGGAGAAGAUUUCACCAUUACGGGUGCGCAACGAUUUUUAAUACCGAACUCAAAGCAAGCGAUGAAGAAAAUUAAAGAGAGAAUUCUAAAGGUCAUUAAUUAAAAACCACUCGAUGUCUGUUUUGCGACAGACGUGAAUCUGUACGCGGUGUUUGAGUUCAGGUUAAGGUGGUUAUAACCUUUCCACUUCACAAGCAGAGUGUUAGCCAUGCAGUCAUGUCUCGAUGAUUCAAAAUCAUUCCGUGCAAUUUUUGUGAUGGCCAUAUAAUUUAAUGACAAGAUGAGAAUGUCUUAUAUAAUGCGCUGCUGGACAAAGGCAAUAAACAAAGAUUUUUAUAAAUUGAAUUUAAAUUAUUCGAAUUAUGUAAAGAGAACUUGUAUAUAUGA